UUGAUUACCUGCACGACCUCGAUGUGAAGAUGCCAGUUGAAACGUGAACGAGAUCAAAGUAUGUCGUGACUCUUUCGGUAAACAGAAAUGCUGAAACGUGGGUCAAGCAAAAGUUACAGCAUCGAACCGAUCUACGAUCCCAAGGAAUUCUCUAAACCUGCACAGCCGGCCGCAGAGAAUGGCGAGACAUCAUCCACCAGAGAUGAAACGAGUAAAGAAGGUCUCGAUUAUGCCAAACUUAUGGAGCCGGCCAAAGUGCGUAAGCGACGAUAUUUCAGUCUGGCCGUCAUCUGUUUCACAGCCUUCAUCUUGGCCCUUUCUGUGUCGAUCGUCAUGACCAGCGCUAAACCAUACUUGGAUCUAAUGGAUCCUGAAGCUGGAACGCAGUUUCUCGGCUUGUUUAUCGCGUCUCAGCCUUUGGCUCAGCUCUUUUUCAGUCCCGUCAUGGGUUUCCUGGGCAACCGGCUCGGAUCUAUUCGAAUUCCGGCCAUGGUGUCCACUUUCAUCAUGGCCAUUGGCUUCGCUUUCUACGCCAGCGUUUCGGCUCUGCCUGAGCCGAGGCGAUGGUACCUCUUCGGUGCUCGUUUCAUCAUCGGAGCUGCUGGAGGGACGACUACCUUGUGUUAUAGUUACGUAGCGUCGGCCAGCACCGUCAAAGAGCGGACAACUGCACUAUCGGCCCUUCAAAUGACGAAAUCGUUUGCGUUCAUCGUUGGACCGCUGAUUCAGGCCGCGUUUGUGACGCUGGGCGAAGGAGAAGAUUAUCCGAUUGGCAACACUGGGCUCUAUUGGAACUUGUACACUGCUCCAGCGUGGCUGUCCGUCUUCUUGUCGCUGGUCAACAUUUUCGUGUUGAUGCCUUGCAUCUUUACCGAGUUCAACAUCGCCAAAGAAGAGGGUGCCUAUCUGGCCGCUAGAGGGCUUCAGAAAUCUUUAGCCACCGAUGCGGAAGAAAUGAAAAAGCUGAAACCGGACAAGCUGGCCUUGGUCGUAUGCAUCGUCAUCUCUGCCUCGACUCAAUUCCACUUUAAUUUCAUCGAAAGCACGGCUACGUUGGUGGUGAUUGAACAGCUGGGCAUAACUCCCACCCGUGCCGUGGUGAUGGUUGGCAUCAUGUACUCCACUGCUGGAAUUUACGGCAUUCUAAUGUUUGGCUCGGUUGGACUGCUGUCACGCAAAAUGGGCGAGAGGGUCGUUUUGGGAGCCGGAAUUCUCUUAGCCAUGUCGGGAAUUAUAUCCAUGUAUCCUUACGGUGGUCCCUUAUCGCCUUUGAAAUUCAUCAAUGAAACGGUCCAAGAGGUGACGACCGUCAGCUUCUCUUCGAUGGAAUAUUCGAGCAGCGAUGAUUUGCCUAGUUGUUACAACGCCUCUUUAUCAUUGACUGACGGAGCUGGAUGUCCUGUCGAUAAACAGCCUUGGUGUUGCGAAACACCGGCCAUCCAUCCUGAACAGCUGAUUGUCGGUUACCUCUUCAUAUUCACCGGAGUUCCACUCGCCAUUAUGAUGUGUAGCGUCAUUUUCAGCAAAGUUCUCGGUCCCUAUCCGCAGGGCACUUGGACGGGUCUUUUAGGCGCUGGAACUGCUGUGGCACGCAUAUUAUGUCCGCUUUGCGUCACCAGUUUGUACGCUGCGUGGGGAAUGCUGGCCACUUGCGCUUUCAUGACCACCGUCAUGUCCAUCGUCCUCGUCAUCUUCGCCACGUCGUACGGCCGCCUCGUGCCGUACCGACACGCCACGUAAUUCUCCGAAUUGGUCCUAAAAUGGUUUUGAAUUAGUCGAAUUUGCUCCAUCAAACGGAUUCAAAAUCAAUUGUUUAAAAGUAUUUGACUUGUAUAGGCAAUAGCGAUACUAUCUAAUCUUAUGCAAAUGAAGUUGGUUUUAUCUGGACGUUUAUCAGACGCUAGCGUUUUUUUCUUUUCGACUACGCUAAAAACAAAUGUUGAAAUAAAUGCGUUAAAAUGC